GGAAAGAUACAAACAAAUGAGGUCCGCCCGCAUCAACCGCCACCACUUCUUCCCUCUGACGCCCACUCUCCUUCAACCUGCCCCUCCUCUCCGGCUCGCCAUCCUAGCAUCCUUUGGAAAAUAUUGUUACUACUCGUCACCCAUAACCUUCGUGUCCUUCGAGGACAGCCCUCGCAGUGACCAAUCAUGGAGGACCGGAUCCAGUUCGACAUCAAUGAGUCGCUGAAGUACUAUUUGAGCGACCCGGCAUCUGUUCCUACCCCCGGUGCUGAUCCGGAGCUGCUCGAUUGCGAAAACGAUCCAGAUCAACUUCCUACUGCCUUAAUUGACAAUAUACUGAACCCGAUCGUCGAUGCGGUCGCGGAAAACCCAGAAGGACUGGCCCGACCAUCCUUUUUUGAUUCAUUGCAAUUCUUGUUAAAAUACUCGUCACUUUCCCCCACCAGGUCCCUGAGCAAGCUUCUUGAUUUGGUGGUUUCCGGCUUAUCAGUCGAGGCGGAUAUAAUUCAUAAUGAUCUUGAGUCUGAUGAGCAGGACGGUAUACAACAUCACAAGCAGCUACUAGAAAUGUAUGGCUUUCUUCUGCAAUGGGCUCUUAGUGCUGUGGAGGUCAAAGCUGCAGAAAAGCCGGCAGAGCCUGCACCCGCCCGCAGAGGCGUAGGAAAAUCUGCCAGAUCCAAAGCAAAUGCCAAGGAUGGUAACUGGGACUGGACAGCGCAGAUUCAGAUAUCAAUGGAAACCAUGUGCAAGGUGAUGAAGCUCAAGCUCAGCAGAAUAUUUCUAACAACAUCUGACCGCGAUACAUUUAUCAAUCUGUUCACCCGCUCAAUCUACCUCAUCCUCGAGAGUGAGCAGCGUGUGAAGAGUAUGAGCAUUCGGAUGCAUGCAUUUAAGGUCCUUUGCAUUGCAGUUAAACAUCACGGCCAUGCAUUUGGAGCCCAGACCUCUAUUGUACAAAGCUUGACAUACUUCGAGCACUUGUCGGAACCGAUGGCGGAAUUUUUACACAUUCUCGCGGAACAAUAUGAUUACCCUCAGCUCUCAGAUGAAAUCCUCAAGGAGCUUGGAAACAAAGAAUUUAACUCCAAUGAUACCCGUGGGCCUAAGUCGGUGUCUGCUUUCAUUGUGAAGCUCUCGGAACUGGCCCCGCGACUCAUCAUAAAGCAAAUGACACUUCUGGCCAAGCAGCUGGACAGCGAGUCAUAUACGCUUCGUUGUGCUGUCAUCGAAGUCUUCGGGAAUCUCAUUUCCGACCUAAGCCGGCAAGAGGAGCGAAGUGACAACUAUAAAACGCAGAUAAAUGCGUUCUUCGAUGUGCUCGAGGAGCGCUUCCUUGAUAUUAACCCUUACUGUCGGUGCCGAGCUAUCCAGGUAUAUAUGAGAAUAUGUGACCUAGAACAGAAGUUCCCCAAGAGACGGCAAGCUGUCGCGGAGCUAGCGGCAAGGAGCUUGGAAGACAGAAGUAGUAACGUGCGGCGAAAUGCGAUCAGGCUGCUUGCAAAGCUGGUUUCAACCCACCCGUUUAGUGUCAUGCAUGGGGGACAACUCUCGCACAAGGAAUGGGCAGCUAGACUCGACGCCGUGGAUGCUGAACUGAAUGCACUUAGGCCUCCUGAGACACCCGGAUUUGAUGGGGCAGAGGCAUCACACGUUGACAGUGCAUUGUUGGAUGAUGCUACUCAACUACCGGAAGAGUCUCCCUCUAAAACUUCGGGACUUACGGAGGAAGAGAAGGCUGUGGCAAUCAAGCAAGCCGCUGAGCAAGCGGCCACGUCCGAACUGCUAGCACGACUGCAACUGACAAGGAAAUACUAUAAUGAAGCUAUUCGAUUCAUCGAGGUCCUCCAUUCUUCCUCCGAUCUGGUUGCCCAGCUAUUGUCGUCAAGAAACAAGAGUGAGGCCAUCGAGGCCAUGGAUUUUUUUGUUGUACUCGACGCGUACAAGGUUGAGACCUCUCGCAGUGGGAUCCGGCGAAUGCUCCGGCUGAUUUGGACGAAAGGUAACAGCGACGAAGGCAAGGGAGUUCAAACCCAUUUGAUCGACUGUUACAAAGGGCUUUUCUUCGAGGCGCCGGAUUCGUUUAGUCCGAAUGAUGCUGCAAAUUACAUUGCCCGAAACAUGAUCAGUCUGACAUUUGGCUCGACUCCCGCAGAACUCACUUGUCUCGAGCAGCUAUUGAGUACUAUGAUGAGGGCAGGGCAUAUCUCAGACGCUGUUAUUGCGAAGCUCUGGCAGGUCUACGGCGUGCAGAAGAAAGAGAUCUCGAGGACACAGCGUCGAGGUGCAAUAAUCGUCCUUGGUAUGCUUGCUUUGGCAGACCCCGAAGUCGUCAUCAAGGAAAUCGAGACAAUGCUGCGUAUCGGGCUUGGAAGCCUGGGCAGAUCCGAUCUUGUGCUUGCAAAGUAUACUUGCAUUGCUUUACGACGAAUGGUGCCAGGUCGCCAGGCGAAGUCCAAGGACGUUGGCAUCCCGAAGCUGACAAAUGACCAUGCCGUUUUAACGAAGCUUGCAGCAAUAGUUGAAACAGUAUCUGACAGUAAAGAAUGGUAUGGCGUGGCGGAGCAAGCGAUUGGCGCCAUUUAUGCCUUGUCGAAGCAUCCGGACGUCCUGUGUUCCGAUCUUCUUAAACGAAAAACCAGAUCCGUCUUUCAGUCACCGACUCGAAGUUCUUCGAAAGUCUCUGAUGAGGGGGGUGAAGAACAACCCGGGACAGCCUCGACGGACGACCAGGGAGCAAGUCAUAGAACACCCUCCGCUGCAUUAUCUCAGCUGCUCUUCGUUGUCGGUCAUAUUGCAAUUAAACAGAUUGUCCACCUCGAGCUUUGUGAACUCGACUUUAAGCGCCGUAAGGCCGAGCAGGAGAAGAAUAAAGCGGCUAUUGCCUCAGCCCAAAAGAACAAUGACACAGCCGAGGAUGACGAACUUGACCUCAUUGGUGGAACGACUGAGGACGACUUCCAGGAUGCUAUGGCACAUAUCCGGGAACGGGAAUUGCUAUAUGGGGAGCAUUCACUCCUGUCCAAUUUUGGACCGUUGGUUAUGGAGAUCUGCGCAAAUAGCAACAUUUACGCUGACCGCAACCUUCAGGCAGCGGCAACAUUGUGCAUGGCUAAGCUGAUGUGUGUUUCAGCAGACUACUGCGAGAAAAACCUCCCUCUCCUGAUAACCAUUAUGGAGCGUUCCCAAGAUCCAACCGUUCGCAGUAACGCUGUGAUCGCCUUGGGAGAUAUGGCCGUCUGUUUUAACCAUCUCAUUGAUGAGAAUACGGACUUCUUGUAUCGUCGACUGAACGACAGCGAUGCCUCAGUCAAGCGCACCUGUCUGAUGACGCUCACAUUUCUUAUUUUAGCCGGCCAGGUUAAGGUCAAAGGACAGUUGGGCGAGAUGGCUAAGUGCCUUGAGGAUGAAGACAAGCGGAUUGCUGACCUGGCACGCAUGUUCUUCACUGAGUUGGCGAGCAAAGACAAUGCAGUUUAUAAUCACUUUGUUGACAUGUUCAGCCUUCUGAGUGCGGAGCGCAACCUUGAGGAGGCGUCUCUGAGGCGUAUCGUCAAAUUUUUGAUUGGCUUUGUUGAGAAGGAGAAACACGCCCGACAACUGGCAGACAAACUGGCUGCUCGACUUCCAAGAUGCGAAACCGAGCGGCAAUGGAAUGAUGUCGCUUAUGCACUGUCUCUUCUUCCUCACAAGAACGAAGAAAUAACGAAGACAAUAACUGCGGGAUUCAACAAAGUUGUCACAGCAAGUGCCUAAGCGAAUGAAGUUAUGCUUUUCUAAUGAUGACUUGGGAUUCUGGUCUCUACAUUGGCGCAAGGAUUCGAAUUUUGCGGAGUUGAAGGCGGGUGUUGGUCAAGUGCGGAUGGGUGCUGUGCUUGGUUCAUGGAGUUUGUAUGGUUCGUUCUGCUUCGUGGAAACCUCCUUUAGGGUCUGAACUGGCUGUUGGGGUCCAUUGUGCUGAGGAGCCCUUAUAAAUGUUCAUAUACAGCGUCUUGUGUGAGUUGACAUGGGCCUUUGCCAAACACUGGACAUUUAUAUACCACAAGUGCGAGGAUUCCGCUGCAUACUUAGGCGCACUCAUGCAUGCAGCCCUAGGUCAUAGAAGGCCAACACCAACGUCGGCUAUGAUAGGAAUAGUGAAUGUUGGGGAAAUCACACCUCUCCGCUGCAUCAAUUACUUUGUACCAGCAAUU